GGACGAGUUUAGUUAGCUACAUGCUAAAUGUUUAACUGUCUUUAGACAGUACACUUUGAAAUCUCAUUUUGUGCAUUCUUCUUGUCCAUAAUGUUAAAAUAAGUUAACGGACAUAAAUUUCUACUACUUUUUACCAUAACAAACCGGAUAUACUGUCACCGAAGUAAUUAGCUAGCUACUAACAGUAGCUGUAAACUGGAGGGGGAUUGAUUCAACAUCUGGAACCGCUCCCCCAGUUUCUGAUUUAAUUUUAGUCUUCAGCCAAAUAUCAGGUUCGGUUUCCACUGGUUUAAACGCAAGGAUCUGCCCCAUCUGCUCCAGCCUUUGAUUGGAGGACGACGUGCCACGUGCGCAUUUUUUUUCUUUUACUAUACCUGCACGGGAGUUGAGCUGACCACCUGGCAGGUUCGUGCUCUGCUGGUCCGUUGGAGGUGUAUACACAGCACUCUGGUCGGUUGUCUUCACACAGGUCUCCACACAUUUCUCUUCUCCACAAACUGCAUGAUCUGACUGCAGCUGCUGAGUGACGUCCCGCAGAGCGAACACAGGCUGCGAGGCUUUUUGAUGCAUUAAUCUGCACCUGGAUUUUAACAGACGCAAUGGCUCUGAGCUCGUUUGACAUCGACGCACCACGAUGGGAUCAGUCUACGUUCAUGGGGAGACUAAAACAUUUCUUCAACAUCACCGAUUGCCGAACAGCGCUUCUGCCUGACUCGCGAUUAGAUGAGGCCAAAGCUUUAGUAGAAAGCUGCAGAGCGGGAUCCAUCCCUCCCGGCACCACAGUAGAGCAGCUCUACUAUGCUAAGAAGCUCUACGACUCAGCUUUUCACCCAGACACAGGAGACCGCAUGAACCUCAUCGGCCGCAUGUCAUUCCAGGUACCCGGAGGCAUGGCCAUCACCGGCUUCAUGCUGCAGUUCUACAGGACAGUUCCUGCUGUGGUGUUCUGGCAGUGGGUAAAUCAGUCCUUCAACGCUUUAGUCAACUACACCAACCGCAACGCUGCCUCCCCCAUUACUCCCAAACAGAUUGGAGUAGCCUACGUUACAGCGACCAGCACAGCUUUAGCCACAGCGGUCGGACUGAACCUCUACACAAAGAAAGCUCCUCCUCUCGUGGCUCGCUGGGUCCCUUUUGUAGCUGUGGCAGCUGCCAACUGUGUUAACAUUCCCAUGAUGAGGCAGCAGGAAAUUCUGAAUGGCAUCGCCGUCACAGAUGAAAAUGGCAACAAACUGGGCCACUCUACGAAAGCAGCAGUAAAAGGCAUCACUCAGGUGGUCAUUUCUCGGGUUACCAUGGCCGCACCAGGAAUGAUUGUCCUCCCCAUCAUCAUGCAAAGGCUGGAAAAAUACAAGUUCAUGCAGAGAAUCACAUUUCUCCAUGGACCAAUUCAAGUGAUGCUGGUGGGAGGGUUUUUGAUCUUCAUGGUGCCGGCUGCCUGCUCCCUGUUCCCUCAGAGAUGCUCUAUGGCUGUUUCGAAGCUGGAGCCCGAGCUGAGAGACUCCAUCAGGUCUCAAUAUGGGGACAGCAUACGACACGUCUACUUCAACAAAGGCCUCUGAGGUCAAGAGGGCUGAUUAGAGUUUUCUAUUCGACACACAAGACUGAAUUCAUGUGUUUCGAUAUUAUGACCUAAGUCUGUGAUUAUUAGUCACAAUGAAAUGCUUCUUUGUUCCUUUUUUUUCAUUACAUUUUCAAACUGGUGCUUGUCUUUGGAUGUUUGCUGUGGGACUUUUGAUCAAUGCUGUCACUUAAUUCUUACUCUAAUCACAACAGUCUGGAUUCCUGCUGAGAAACCAAAUGAUCUACUCUCAGGAACAGCACGUCAGAAUAAAUCUGUUCACUUUUUUGUCGUAGUGUGGCUCUCCUGUAGCUGCUUCCAUUGUUUCUGUCUCAAUGUUAGAAAAUGGGGUCUCCCAAACCUUCUUACAGUCUGUGCCUUUUUACAAAGUGGUAGGAGAGAAGCAACACUGAAGGCAUUAAUGGCUUAACUGUGAAACCUUAAAAAAAGAGAAAAGGUUCCUCUAUGCAUGAGUCAAGUCUUGUGAGGUUGUUCAGUGGAGGCUGCUGCCCUCUUCUGCCAGAAAAGAGGUAAAUGUGUGAUCUGUCUCUGUGAUUUAUCUGAGAUGUUUGACAGCUGGAUCCCUUCGCCGUGUCAACUCUGACCUCUAAGCUGGAAUAAAACCACACCCAAUUGAA